AUGAUGGAGCUCAGCAACAACGUCGUGUCCCGGGCGGUGUUCGGCGGCAGGUUCACGCAGCAGGACGAGUACAUCCGCGAGCUGGACGUGGUGCUCACUCUGCUGGGCGGCUUCUGCCUCGUCGACCUCUUCCCAUCGUCACGGUUGGCGCGGUGGCUCAGCUUUGGUGCGCGGCGCAUGAAGAAGAGCUACGGCCGCAUGCAGCGCAUCAUCGCCGACGUGAUCGAGGAGCGGAAGGCCGCGCGAGCUGCUGCUGGUGGCGCCUCAAGCACCGAUGACGAGGACCUGCUGGACGUGCUGCUCAGGCUACAGAACGAUGAUUCGUUGGCAUUCCCUCUAACCACAGAUAGCAUAUGCGCCGUCUUAUUUGAUAUAUUUUCUGGUGCCACAGAUACCACAGGAACAAUUUUGGAAUGGGCUAUGUCAGAGCUCGUUNGUCAUCCUAAAACAAUGUUUAAGGCUCAACUAGAGAUAAGAAAAGUAUUAGGUGAAGAUCGAACAAUCAUAAAAAAUAGUGACCUUGGAAACCUCCACUACAUGCGAAUGGUCAUUAAGGAGGUUCUUAGGUUGCACCUACCGGCUCCACUAAUCCCACGCAUGGCCAGAAUGGAUUGUAAAAUUAUGGGUUAUGAGCUGCUUAAAGGCGCCACUGUAUUAAUUAAUGUCUUUGCAGUUUCUAGGGAUCCAAAGUACUGGAAACACCCUGAAGCCUUUUUGCCAGAGAGGUUUGAGAACAACAACUUAGAUUACAAUGGGACACACUUUGAAUUCACCCCCUUUGGUGCUGGACGAAGGCAAUGUCCUGGUAUGCUAUUCGGCGCGUCAACCUUGGAGAUCACUUUGGCAAACCUGCUCUACCACUUCGAUUGGGUGCUUCCAGAUGGGGCAAGUCCAGAAUCAUUGGAUAUGUCCGAAAAAUUCGGGAUGACUGUAGGUAGAAGUUCUGACCUACAACUGAUAGCUAUUCCACGUGGAUGCAUCAAGGACAUGUAGACAUAUAGAAAUGCUCAUGCAUAUGGGAAUAUAUCUAAAUUCUUAUGUGCGAGAUUAUUUGUGUAAUAAUAUGUUGUGUUGACCAAAAUAAUGGAAUGACACACAUUCCAUUUAUGUACUACAAAAAAUAUAUUAGGAAAAAAUAA